UCAAAUUUCCCUCCACAUAUUUCCACUGCCUUAUCAUCUUCGACCUUCCCUUCCACCAUAAACCUUCCAUUCCAACGUGCUCCCCCGGACUCUCUCUCAAAUGCUCCAAUUUCUCCGCCGCAAAUGGCCACCAAGCUCUGGUUCGCGCCCGGAUUCUUGACGCCGCACUGCAGAAAUCCCUUCAUUUCUGCCUCCUCUCUGCCGUCUUCCGCUCCGGGGCUCCGAUUUGCCGCCGGCAAGUUGUCGAUUCACCGCCGCUUGGUCGUGAUUUCUCCCAAGGCCAGCACCGAGCAGCCAGGUUCAGUCCAGGAAGACGAUGUUGUCGACAGCAAUGUGUUGCCCUAUUGCAGCCUGGACAAAAAGCAAAAGAAGUCUCUGGGGGAGAUGGAACAAGAGUUUCUUCAAGCUCUUCAGGCAUUCUACUAUGAAGGGAAGGCGAUAAUGUCAAAUGAGGAGUUUGAUAAUCUUAAGGAAGAACUUAUGUGGGAAGGAAGCAGUGUUGUAAUGCUUAGUGCUGAUGAACAGAGGUUUUUGGAAGCUUCUAUGGCUUAUGCGUCUGGGAAUCCGAUUGUUUCUGAUGAAGAGUUCGAUAAACUGAAGCAGAAACUUAAGGCUGAUGGCAGUGAAAUUGUGGUUGAGGGUCCUCGAUGCAGUCUACGUAGCCGAAAGGUCUAUAGUGACCUUUCUGUCGACUAUCUCAAGAUGUUUCUUCUGAAUGUUCCAGCUACAGUCGUUGCUUUAGGAUUGUUUUUCUUUCUUGAUGAUUUGACUGGAUUCGAAAUCACCUAUCUUUUGGAGCUCCCGGAGCCGUUCAGUUUCCUCUUCACAUGGUUCGCAGCUGUGCCUGUAAUAGUGUGGUUAUCUUUCAAUCUUACCGGUGUUAUCUUGAAAGACUUUUUGAUCUUAGUGGGCCCCUGUCCGAACUGUGGCACUGAAAACACUUCUUUCUUCGGCACAAUAUUAUCCGUGUCGAGCGGUGGCGCCGCCAACAAGGUUAAGUGUUCCAACCCGGAUUGCGCCACCGAUAUGAUAUAUGAUUCCAAAACCCGACUGAUUACAUUGCCGGAUUGAAGCAAGGCACGAUUUCAGGCCAGGUUUAAAGAAUUUCAGACAUCCAUCUGCUGUUGGUUUGUUUGUUUGUCUGAAGUAGAAAAAAGAAGAAGGAUGAAGCCAUAGCUACUGUAAAUUUAAGGAUUGUAAAAAAGGCUAUUCACUGCAGAAACAGUAUGAAUUACUGCCCAUUCAAGUGCUUCUCUCUCUUUCGCUC